UGGAAAGGGAGUGGUGAGAAUGAGUGUGGGAAGGAAGCCAGAGCCGCGCCGUCCUCGGUCCCAGCCGCCUAGGAGAGGAGGUGGCCAGGCGCGCUCACCCGGCUCAUGCCAGUCCCGCUCCGCUGCCUUUUGAUGCUCGCGGGGAGCUACGCUCCAUCCAUCUGUAGAUCCCAGAAUCUCAGGAGCGGCGGGAGACCGGAGACAAAGUAAGAGAAGUGGAUGGAAGCGAAAGACAAGCAAGAGAGAGAAAGAGAGAAGAGACCACGCUGCCUCUCACUCUCUCUUCUUUAAUACAACAACAAAGUUGCAACUUAGGCUCCUGGAUCUAAAUACUGCAGGCCCAGAGAAGACAAAACACCAGGCAUCGCUGCAUCUCUUGGCGGGGUACCCACCAAGACCCCCAGAUCUUUCGCUCCAGGAAGGGCCCUGUUGAAUAUCAGCAGAGAGAUGGCUUGGAGCACAGCCUGGUGCUCAGUCCUGGCCCUGGGGCUCCUCUGGAGUGCUGUCUGCGCCAACGCAGCGUCAGGGGACGGCAAUGCUUUUCCUUUUGACAUCGAGGGAAGCGCAGUGGUCGGCAGGCAAGAACCAUCGGAGACUAGCGACUCCCGCGUGACACUGGGACGCCUGCCUCCCGCUGCUGAGAGAUGUGAUGCUGGAUCCUUUCGCACAUUGUCAGGAGAAUGCUCACCCUGUGACUGUAAUGGCAAUUCCCAUGAGUGCUUGGAUGGCUCCGGAUUCUGUCUGAACUGCCAGCGGAACACAACAGGGGAACACUGUGAAAAAUGUCUGGAUGGCUAUAUUGGAGACUCCAUCAGAGGCGCACCUCGGUUCUGCCAGCCAUGCCCCUGUCCUUUGCCCCACCUGGCCAACUUUGCAGAAUCCUGCUACAGGAAAAACGGAGCUGUGCGGUGCAUUUGUAAAGAAAACUAUGCUGGGCCUAACUGUGAAAGAUGUGCUCCUGGUUACUAUGGAAACCCCUUACUCAUUGGAAGCACCUGUAAGAAAUGUGACUGCAGUGGAAAUUCAGAUCCCAACCUGAUCUUUGAAGACUGUGAUGAAAUCACUGGCCAGUGUAGAAACUGCUUACGAAAUACCACCGGGUUUAAGUGUGAACGCUGUGCUCCUGGCUACUAUGGAGAUGCCAGGACCGCCAAGAACUGUGCAGUGUGCAACUGUGGGGGCGGCCCAUGUGACAGCGUAACCGGGGAGUGCUUGGUAGAAGGAUUUGAACUCCCUACAGGCUGUGAUAAGUGCGUCUGGGACUUGACCGAUGACCUGCGAUUAGCAGCGCUCUCCAUGGAAGAGAGCAAAUCCGGGCUGCUGAGCGUGUCCUCAGGCGCUGCGGCACACAGACACGUGACCGACAUGAACUCUACCAUUCACCUCCUCAAAACAAGGCUGUCAGAAAGAGAAAAUCAAUAUACCCUAAGAAAGAUUCAGAUAAACAACUCGGAGAACACACUGAGAAGCCUCCUGUCUGAUGUGGAAGAACUGGAUGAGAAGGGAGGUCAAGCCUCGGGAAAGGGGACACUGGUUGAGAAGGAAAGCAUGGACACAAUUCACCAAGCAACUCAGCUUGUCGAGCAGACCCACAACAUGAGAGACAAAAUCCAAGAGAUCAACAGCAAGAUGCUUUUCUAUGGAGAGAAUCAGGAAUUUGGCCCCGAGGAAAUUGCCGAGAAGAUGGUGUUGGCCCAGAAAAUGCUGGAAGAGAUCCGAAGCCGGCAGCCAUUCCUCACCCAUCGGGAGCUUGUGGAUGAAGAGGCAGACGAGGCCCAGGAAUUGCUGAGCCAAGCUGAGACCUGGCAGCGGCUACACAAUGACACCCGCUCUUUAUUCCCCGUGGUGUUGGAGCAGCUGGAUGACUACAAUGCUAAGCUGUCCGACCUCCAGGAAUCCAUUAACCAGGCCCUUGACCACGUCAGGGAUGCAGAAGACAUGAAUAGAGCCAUCACUCCCAAGCAGCGGGAACAUGAGAAACAACACGAGCGAGUGAAGGAGCAGAUGGACGCCGUGGGCGCCUCUCUGAGCAUGUCUGCAGACUCUCUUACCAUACCCCGGCUCACACUUGACGAACUUGAUGAGAUAAUAAAGAAUGCAUCUGGAAUUUAUGCAGAAAUAGAUGGAGCCAAAAAUGAGCUGCAAGGAAAACUAUCCAACCUGAGUAACCUCAGUCAGGAUUUAGUCCAAGAAGCUAUGGACCACGCAUACAACCUUCAACAGGAAGCCAACGAGCUAAGCAGAAAUUUGCACAGCUCAGACAUGAAUGGGCUGGUGCAAAAGGCUUUGGAUGCGUCAAACGUCUACGAAAACAUCGCCAAUUACGUCAGUGAAGCCAACGAAACAGCAGAACUUGCUCUGAAUAUCACUGAUCGAAUUUAUGAUGCUGUGAGUGGGAUUGACACACAGAUCAUUUACCAUAAGGAUGAAAGCGACAACCUUCUCAACCAAGCUAGAGAGCUGCAAGCAAAGGCGGAUUCUAGCAAUGAUGAGGCUGUGUCUGACACCAGCAGGCGUGUGGGAGGAGCCUUGUGGAGGAAGGGUGCCCUCAGAGACAGACUGAACGAAGCUGUUAAGCAAUUACAGGCAGCAGAGAGAGGGGACGCCCACCAGCGCCUGGGUCAGUCCAAGCUCAUCAUUGAGGAAGCUAACAAGACGACAAUGGCUGUCCAACAGGUCACCACACCGAUGGCUAACAACCUCAGCAACUGGUCACAGAACCUGCAGACUUUUGACUCUUCUGCAUAUAACACUGCAGUGGACUCUGCUCGGGACGCAGUGAGAAAUCUCACCGAGGUUGUCCCCCAGCUACUGGAUCAGCUUCGUACUGUGGAGCAGAAGCGGCCUGCAAGCAAUGUUUCUGCCAGCAUCCAGAGGAUCCGAGAGCUCAUUGCUCAGACCAGGAGUGUCGCGAGCAAGAUCCAAGUCUCCAUGAUGUUUGAUGGCCAGUCAGCUGUCGAAGUGCACCCCAAAGUCAGCGUGGAUGACCUGAAGGCUUUCACAUCCAUCAGUUUGUACAUGAAGCCUCCUCCAAAGCUGGCAGAGCCCACUGGGGCCUGGGUAGCCGAUCAGUUUGUCCUCUACCUCGGAAGCAAAAAUGCCAAAAAAGAGUACAUGGGUCUCGCAAUCAAAAAUGAUAACCUGGUCUAUGUUUACAAUUUGGGGACAAAAGAUGUGGAGAUUCUCCUGGAUUCCAAGCCUGUGAGCUCCUGGCCUGCUUAUUUUAGUAUUGUCAAGAUUGAGAGGGUAGGGAAACAUGGAAAGGUAUUCUUGACAGUCCCCAGUCUCAGUAGCACAGCAGAAGAAAAGUUUAUUAAGAAGGGGGAGUUUGCAGGAGAUGACUCCUUGCUGGAUCUGACCCCUGAGGACACUGUGUUUUACGUUGGUGGGGUGCCCUCGAACUUCAAGCUCCCUGCCAGCUUAAACCUGCCCAGCUACUCAGGCUGCCUGGAGCUGGCCACUCUGAAUAAUGAUGUGAUCAGUCUGUACAACUUCAAGCACAUCUACAAUAUGGAUCCAUCCAAAUCAGUGCCCUGUGCCAGGGAUAAACUGGCUUUCACUCAGAGUAGGGCUGCCAGCUACUUCUUCGAUGGCUCCAGUUAUGCAGUGGUGAGGGACAUCACGAGGAGAGGGAAAUUUGGUCAGGUGACUCGCUUUGACAUAGAAAUCCGAACACCAGCUGACAACGGCCUCGUGCUCCUAAUGGUCAAUGGAAGUAUGUUUUUCAGCCUGGAAAUGCGCAAUGGCUACCUACAUGUGUUCUAUGACUUUGGAUUCAGCAAAGGCCCCAUGCAUCUUGAAGACACAUUGAAAAAAGCCCAGAUUAAUGAUGCAAAAUAUCACGAGAUCUCAAUCAUUUACCACAAUGACAAGAAAAUGAUUUUGGUGGUGGACAGACGACAUGUUAAGAGCACAGACAAUGAGAAGAAGAAGAUACCUUUCACAGACAUCUACAUCGGAGGUGCACCCCAAGAAGUCUUACAGUCCAGGACCCUAAGAGCACAUCUUCCCCUAGAUGUCAACUUUAGGGGAUGCAUGAAGGGCUUCCAGUUCCAAAAGAAAGAUUUCAAUUUACUGGAGCAGACAGAAACCCUCGGAGUUGGCUAUGGGUGCCCAGAGGACUCUCUGAUAUCUCGCAGAGCAUAUUUCAAUGGGCAGAGUUUUAUUGCUUCAACUCAGAAAAUAUCUUUCUUUGAUGGCUUCGAAGGAGGCUUCAAUUUCCGAACGUUACAGCCAAAUGGGUUACUAUUCUACUAUGCUUCAGGGUCCGACGUGUUUUCCAUUUCACUGGACAACGGCACUGUCGUCAUGGAUGUAAAGGGCAUCAAGGUUAAGUCAGCAGACAAGCAGUACCAUGAUGGGCUGUCCCACUUCGUUGUCACCUCCAUCUCAGCCACAAGAUAUGAACUGGUAGUAGACAAAAGCCGACUUGGGAGCAAGAAUCCUACAAAAGAGAAGGCAGAGCAGACUCAGACAACUGAGAAGAAGUUCUACUUCGGUGGCUCACCCAUUAGUCCUCAGUAUGCUAAUUUCACUGGAUGUAUAAGCAAUGCCUACUUUACCAGGCUGGAUAGAGAUGUGGAGGUUGAAGAUUUCCAGCGGUAUUCUGAAAAGGUCCACACUUCACUCCAUGAGUGUCCGAUUGAGUCAUCACCUCUGUUUCUCCUUCACAAAAAAGGAAAGAAUUCCUCAAAGCCUAAAACAAACAAACAGGGAGAGAAAAGUAAGGAUGCACCUUCGUGGGAUCCUAUUGGCCUGAAGUUUCCAGAACAGAAAGCUCCAAGAGACUCCCACUGCCACCUCUCCAGCAGCCCCAGAGCAAUAGAGCACGCCUAUCAAUAUGGCGGCACCGCCAACAGCCGUCAAGAGUUUGAACACGUGCAAGGAGAUUUUGGUGAAAAAUCCCAGUUUGCCAUUCGCCUGAAGACCCGUUCCUCACAUGGGAUGAUUUUCUAUGUCUCAGACCAAGAAGAGAAUGAUUUCAUGACCCUGUUCUUGGCCCAUGGUCGCUUGGUCUUUAUGUUUAAUGUUGGCCACAAAAAACUGAAGAUUAGAAGCCAGGAGAAAUACAAUGAUGGAUUGUGGCAUGAUGUGAUAUUUAUUCGGGAAAAGAGCGGUGGUCGACUGGUCAUUGACGGUCUACGAGUCCUAGAAGAAAGGCUUCCCCCUAGUGGCGCUGCCUGGAAAAUCAAGGGUCCCAUUUAUCUGGGAGGAGUGGCUCCUGGAAGGGCUGUGAAAAAUGUCCAGAUUAACUCCGUCUACAGUUUCAGUGGCUGCCUUGGCAAUCUCCAGCUCAACGGCGCCUCCAUCGACUCCGCUUCUCAAACGUUUAGUGUGACGCCUUGCUUUGAAGGGCCAAUGGAAACGGGGACUUACUUUUCCACGGAAGGCGGCUAUGUGGUGCUAGAUGAGUCUUUCAACAUUGGGUUAAAGUUUGAAAUUGCGUUUGAAGUCCGUCCCCGGAGCAGUUCUGGAACCCUUGUCCAUGGCCACAGUGUCAACGGGGAAUACCUGAAUGUGCACAUGAGAAACGGACAGGUCAUAGUGAAAGUCAACAAUGGGGUCAGAGACUUUUCUACCUCAGUAAUUCCCAAGCAGAAUCUCUGUGAUGGCAGAUGGCACAGAAUUACAGUCAUUAGAGAUUCAAACGUGGUUCAGUUGGAUGUAGAUUCGGAAGUGAACCAUGUAGUUGGACCAUUGAAUCCAAAGCCAGUUGAUCACAGGGAGCCUGUGUUUGUUGGAGGUGUUCCAGAGUCUUUACUGACGCCACGUUUGGCUCCCAGCAAACCCUUCACAGGCUGCAUCCGCCACUUUGUCAUUGAUGGGCGCCCGGUGAGCUUCAGUAAGGCAGCUCUGGUCAGUGGUGCUGUGAGCAUCAACUCCUGUCCCACAGCCUGACAGCUGCAAGGCUGCUGAAGAGAGUUCUGUCUAGCACUGAAAUAAACACAGAAGUGGGGGGCGGGCUUGGGGGACUGGAACUCCCCCUCCCUACAGAAGCUCUCACCUGGUUGAAGGGGAUUUCAAUAAAUCAGAGCCCUGCUGCUUCCUA